AUGGGUAUCGCGCCGAAAUUUGGGCUCGUUGCCGUGCUGCUGUUGCUUAACAUCUCGUUGCUGGAUGCUAAGAGGCGGAGAUGGAAACGACAAGCCUUACCUUCUACGCAUGUUCAGGUCCAUUCCUUAAAUUCAAACGUCUCCGUAGCCGAUGAAGUCCAUGUAGUAUCAGCCGAGUCUCGAAUUGACCUGAAAGAAAGCUUCCUAAAUGCCUCAAUAUGGUCCUCAAACUCUGAGCUUUUGUUCAACAACUUCGACACCUACGUGAAUUACACGGCAUUUGAUGUUGAGGACAUUUUCAACAUUCACGGGGCCACGAUAUCGAAGGAGGCGGAUAAAACAGAGUUUUCAAUGGUGACCAACCGCUCAAUAGAUGGAAAUAGUCGAUUUAACGAGAGGCUUGAGGGCUCAAUUUCGCUACGGGUAAACGACUCGAAUAUGGGGGUGCAGGCGCUAAACGGGACAUGGGCCAUAAUCAAUGGGGAAACCCUGGAACAAAUGCUGCAAAAGAAGAUAUCCGUAUAUUCGGAUUUCGAUCCAAAAGACAACACGAGGAAGUUGUUGAUAAAGGCAGUUUCAAAUUCCUAUGAUGUCAAAGUUAUAUUAAGUGAAGCGGAGGUCCAAAUCGAAUACGGCCCGUCGGUUCUACAGAUUGAUAAAAGCUAUCGGCAUAUGAAGAUUUUUACGGAGAAACGGAAUAUAACGCUCGACACGAUCACCUCACCUUUUGAAGUGGCAAUGACGGAGGAUGCGUUGUUAGUGACGUGUAAGGACGAACGUACCACCGCGCAGCUGUCACCGAAUAAUACCGAUGUCGAGAUCUCUGUGGGGCAGUACUCAAUCCUGGAAGUGGAUCGUGGCGAUGGAGUGAUGAGUCUGGGAGAUAGUGCUGGCGGUAUCACAGAACGCGUCAACAUCACCUCCAUGCAAAUGAGGCUGGACCUGGAGGACGGUCUAGUGACGGCGAACAGCAAUCGCAGUCAUAUUGAUAUGAUGGGAAAUUUGACAAAGGUCAGUCUCACGGCGGCUAUCCACAACUUGACUGUAAGCGGAGGUGUACCCCGAAUGAAACUCGAUACCGGGAACAUAACCGUCCAGAUACUGGCGGUCGAGGAGCGCGCUGUUCUCCCAUCUAUCGUCCCUCCCUUCGAGCCAAAGCACGACAACUAUGAUAGUUUGGGACCGGUUGCCGGAGAAGAGUCUCCAAGCGCCGUCACCUCUGGUCCUGAACCUCCUGAAGAUGCCACCACCGAAAAAUCAGAGCCUGCCGCCGCUCCAGAGACGACGGCACCACCAAAAGAAGAGGUUACAACUAUUGCCGAAGAAGUCCCGACACCUCCUGAAUUUUCGAAUGGAUUAGGCCAAGAUCCAUUCGGCGUGAUCGUGCCUGCGACAACUACUGUAACCGUGAAAGAGCCUUCAUCUGAAGAACCUGAUUGGACUGACGUACCGCAGCCUCCGGAAUUGGUCACGGAAGGUGAUGGCCGAACUGGACCUGAAGAUAUAGCAAUGCCAACCCUUGCCGGACUACCAGAAGAUGGAGAGAAAUUCCCACCCCCGCCCACGCUCCCAACCGGUGCAGAAGAAGCGGAAGGGGACGAACGAACGAUCGGCGCUGAGAAGUUUCCACUCCCCAAGCCUUUUACUGUCGCGCAAACGCACCCCGAUCUCAGCAACCCAGGUCUCUCCUUAUUCGCCACCAUCAGCAGUGUCGACUUCAACGAGACUCCAGCCAAAAUCCCGGUAGCUCCGGGUAGUCUUCCAUUCCCAACACCUCAAGCCUUGCACGGAUCGAAGAAGCGCAGUCCUGGCCCUGUCAACGACGCGUUGGUGAUGAGGCUGUACGUGCCGGACUCGGUGAACAUCAGUGACCCGCUUUUUAUGUCCGACAUCGAGGCCAGCUUGGUGGGGGCUGUACGCGAGAGUGUGCAGGGCAUUGAGCGCUUCAAGCGGAACACGGGAGGGGUAGAUCCGAUUGAUGUUGAUCUGAAAGGCUUUGGCCGCGAUGGAGAUGCUGUAUCGCUGCAGUUUGUCGUGUUCUCCUAUGAUGCCGAUGCCAGCUCGAAUCAUUCUGCCAUAGCGGAAGCUAUGAAUUCAUUAGGGAGAGCUCGACUCUCUCAAGAUAUGCAUUAUCCGGUCGUAGAGGUCGUUCACGUCAACUUGAACAGUACCCUUAUGUGGUUCCUGCUAACCACCGCUCUUUUCGUGCUCACCCUUUUCUGCAUAUUAUGUCUGGGAUGGAAGUUUGGCAUCCACAACAAGCUCAAAAAGCGCCUAACAAGAGUGACCAUUGCCGAAAACCGGGAUUGCCAGAAACAAACUCUU